ACCUCUUUCUAGUGCUGUAACCAGGGAAAGGAGGAAUCAUGUCGAUGAUCGCAGCUUUCUAUGGUGGCAAAUCCAUUCUCAUCACAGGCGCCACAGGCUUCCUGGGAAAAGUGCUGAUGGAGAAGCUGUUUCGUACCAGCCCAGAUCUGAAAAUCAUUUACAUCCUUGUGAGGUCCAAGGCCGGCCAAACACUCCAGCAGAGAGUUUUCCAGAUCCUCAACAGUAAGCUGUUUGAGAACAUCAAAGAAAUCUGUCCAAAUGUGCAUGAGAAGAUCAGACCCAUUAGUGCAGAUCUCAACCAGCAUGACUUUGGCAUCAGCAAGGAAGACAUGGAGGAACUUCUCUCCUCCACCAACAUUAUCUUCCACUGUGCAGCCACUGUACGAUUUGAUGACCCUCUGAGACAUGCUGUGCAGCUCAACGUCACCGCCACCCAGCAGCUCCUGUUGAUGGCCAGCCAGAUGCCCAAGCUGGAAGCCUUCAUACACCUCUCCACAGCCUUUUCUAAUUGCAACCUGAAGCACAUAGAUGAAGUGAUCUAUCCAUGUUCUGUAGAGCCAAAGAAAAUCAUUGACUCCAUGGAGUGGUUGGACGAUGCCAUCAUUGAUGAGAUCACUCCCAAGCUGAUCGGGGACCGGCCCAACACCUACACCUACACCAAGGCCUUGGGAGAGAUUGUGGUGCAGCAGGAGAGUGAGAACAUGAACGUCGCCAUCAUCAGACCCUCCAUUGUGGGGCCCACCUGGCAGGAGCCCUUCCCAGGUUGGGUUGAUAACCUAAAUGGACCCAGCGGGAUCAUUAUUGCGGCUGGGAAAGGGUUUCUUCGGUCCAUAAGAGCUACUCCAACGGCUGUUGCAGAUUUGAUCCCCGCUGAUACAGUUGUCAAUCUCACUUUAGCAGCAGGCUGGUAUACCGCAGUACACAGACCUAAAUCGACAUUAAUAUACCACUGCACAUCUGGUAACCUCAAUCCCUGUAAUUGGCUCAAAAUGGGAUUACACGUCUUGGCAACAUUUGAAAAAGUCCCAUUUGAGAAAGCUUUCAGGAGGCCAAAUGCUGACUUCACAACCACCAACUUCACGACCCACUAUUGGAAUGCAGUCAGCCACCGGGUCCCUGCCAUCAUCUAUGACUGCUAUCUGCGGCUCACCGGGAGGAAGCCCAGGGUGCUGAAGCUCAUGAACCGCCUUCUCAGAAACAUCUCCAUGCUGGAGUACUUCAUCAACCGGAGCUGGGAGUGGAGCACACACAACACGGAAAUGCUGAUGUCGGUGCUCAGUCCUGAAGACCAGAGAAUAUUCAACUUUGAUGUGCGCCAGCUAAACUGGUUGGAAUACAUUGAAAAUUAUGUCUUGGGAGUUAAGAAGUACUUGCUGAAAGAGGAUAUGGCUGGGAUCCCAGAAGCAAGGCAACACUUAAAAAGGCUCCGAAAUAUCCACUACCUCUUUAACAUCGCCCUCUUUUUCAUCAUCUGGCGCCUACUUGUUGCAAGAUGGCAGAUGGCACGGAAUGUCUGGUUCUUCAUCGUGAGCUUCUGUUAUAAGUUCCUGUCCUACUUCCGGGCAUCCAGCACACUCAAGCUCUAGAACCUUCAGGGGUCACCUUUUGUCUGGCACCCCUGGAUACCUCUAUAACAGUGAACUGUGGUUCUCAGGAUCAGGAAGGAACAAGGAGUGUGCCCGAGCUAUCCAAUGUCAAGUACAUGGCUGUGUAUUCACCCUAUUUCUUAACGGUACACUCUUACUGCAGUGAGGAAAUCAGUUGUAAACCUGUAACCAUGCGUGUUUUGUAAAAGUCACUUUCAGAUGAUUGUGUCACUCUAAGCUCCUGCAUAUUAAACAUGAACGCGCUACCAUUAUUCUAUAUUUAGCUUUUCUUUUCUCUGAGAUGAUUAAUUUCAACUCAAUAAACAUGGAAGAACAAGGUAAAAGCCAAAAUAAGACCUUACAGACCUAGAUAUCCAGAUGAGGAAGAGUGCUCUCAACACCCUCACAAAGGCUGUGGGAAAUCACUGCCAUGGGAAGUGCCUAAGUCCUGUCAGAGCAGGUAGGGGAAUUAGAAAAGUGGGUUCACAUUUGCCACUUUUAACUAUAUACACUUCAAUCUAAAAAUGAGUAGGUAGUGUAAAUACUAUGUGUGCUAUGAGGACUUAAAAAUAUUUGCAUUGGGUACUCUAGCUUACUGUACCUUAAAGUAAAAAAUCAAUAGUUUCUCAGAGCUGAUGCUUUUAAUUUUUUUGUACCAGGGAUCAAACUCC